UAGCUUCAGGCAUGAACAAAGAAGAUAAGUCUAAAAUGAUUGAAACUUAUCCUAACAAAGGAAACUGUCCUCUAAUUGCACCAACUCUCAAUCCGGAAUUACUCCCUCUUUUACAUAAAACGGCUAAAUCUCGUGAUAAAUUUUUUGCUAAUCAUCAGGAUGUGUGUGGCCGUAGUUUAGUGGCUAUUGGUACAGCCAUCUGCAAUAUUUUGAAUGAUGAAGAGGAACCGGUAGAUAAGGAACAGCUUUUAAAGCUUCUUUGUGACUCCAGCAGCAUGAUGUGUGACCUGUUUUUCCAGUUGUCCAAGUCCAGACGUGCACAAUUGUACUCAUGUGUUGAUGGAAAAAGGAAGUCUGUUCUUGAAGAUUCACCCACAGAUGAAUUUCUUUUUGGCAUCGACCUUGCUAAAAGAAUUAAGAAUGCCUUAGCUGUUGAAAAAACAAGCUUGUCUUUAAAAAAUCAAACUCCACGAAGAGAUUCAAAUCGACCUAAAAACUCUUUAAACUGGAGAAGCCCGUCUGCUUCAAGGAUCAGCUCCAGUCAGACGGGCUACAGACGUCACUUCAACAAAUCAUCAGCUGCAAACAAUCACAAUCAAAUCACAACUCGAUCCCGAUCAGGGAACCAACUCCCUCCAGCUCAAAAUGCUCAGACACAGAAGAAAUAAAGUUUCAGACACGCUUCGACUUCAACUGCCUUCAAUAAAGGAGUUGACGUAAAUAUUAUCAAAAGUCUGGCAGGAUGGUCAGAUAAAUCAAAGGUAUUCGAAAAAUUUUAUAACAGACCAAUUGUUAAUGAUAAAAAAUCUU